AGUCUGUGUUCGUGAUUUGCUAAACGAAGGCGUUGUGUAUUUAUCAAUUUUCAGUCUAAAAAUAUAUUAUACAAAACCUGUGUUAAAAGAGGAUGUAAUAUUACAUAAAUAUAUCACGUAUUAUUAUAGCUAAAAAAAUGUCUCUUAACUCGGUAGCGGAAGAGUACUUUAGUACGAUGAACCCGAUCGCAACUAAAAUUCAUGAAGAUAUUGUAGAAACACGAAAUACCUUUGAGCAUAUUUGGAAUACACUUUCGGAAAAAGAAAAGUCGGAAAUAAUCAACGAGUCGAUUAUAAAACCGGACAUAGCACUCAAGUACGCUCUAUUAGACAGUUUAGAUUUCGAUUUAAAUGAUCCACCAGUUCAUAAGGAUGACCUUAUGUCUUUCUUCGGCCGUGAUCACGCACAGAAAGUAGUACAAGACGAAAACGGCUCCUACAGGGACGAAUACUCGGCACCAUUUCUUUACCAGACGAAGAGUCAGUUAAAUCUCUGUAUAGAGAGUCGAAAAUCGAAGGAUGUGCCCCCCUCACCACCUGUUAUGUCGGAAUUGGCGAUAUCGCAUUCCAAAGUGGUAAAUGAAUUAAAGAAUGCGUUGAAGAAUCAUGAAGUAUCGAGAUAUAAAGACUCGAAUAGGGAGAUAGUGUCUCCUACCAGCUUUAUUACGAAAUUUAUUGGAAAUUUCAAAGGGAAAGAUGAAGAAAAGGAGUGUUUGGUUGAAAAUAAUCAAACGCAGAUUGUUGAUUUUAGGAAUUAUAAGAGUCAAGAUAACUAUAGAGGCAGUAUUGCAAAGUCUAAUGGUGAUCUCUCAGAAGAAAACCGCGGCCUUCUGUCAAGCCAGGCAUCGUCAAACACGGACUUCCAUUCGACUGAAACACUCACAGACUCUACAGUGCCAAAGACUGGUUUCGAUUUUUUGGAUAACUGGUAAAAUUUAUAAAAAUCCUGUUCUCAAAUAUUACUCACUAGUUUUAUAUUGAAGUAGUAUAUAUUUAUUAUAUAGAAACGAAAUAAUAAUAAGCCCGAUAACUUUUAGGACAUUUUAUAUGCAACAAUUAAUAUGUAUGAGCUAGACCUCACUGAAUGUACCAAAACCGAUAUCUGCGGCCCUAUUAUAUAACUCGGACUAGAGAUUGUUACCAUAGUUACCAUUUUUGUAUGGUAAAAAUAUCGUAAUGGAAACAAGUACCGUUUGUUAGUCCACGUUUUAUAACAAUAGUAUUAAAAUAUAUAUUUUUUUGUAUUAUAACUUUGCACAUAUAAUUUAGGUGUGAAUGCUGGAACCAUUUUUUAAAUGCAACCUUGUCGUUCGUACAUGGGUAAUAUAAAAAUUAUAAAGAAUUAUUUAUUUAACAAAAGAUGCUGGAAUCUCUAAAAUCUACGUCUGACUUUGCCAAAACGUCAGCAAUAAGAUUUAUUUAAAUUGUUGCUGGAAUAGUCAAUAGUAUAUUUGGAUUACAAAAAACGGAAGCUUGAACUUACGUGUCGUUUUAGCUAUAAGCAAUUCAAUUAUUUCGUCUACAUCUCGUCUUCAGCUAAAAUCCUUAAUGCAACUUUAGCAGAUGUUUUUUUACUUUACUUUUCAUCAAAUAUUGGUCGGUGUCAGUUGUCAGAUGAAUACUAUAAGUCAAGUCAAAGUAUUUAUUUCAGUUAGGCCUAUUAAAUGGAAAAGUCGAAAUUACGAGUUAAAAUUAUUUAAAAAAGGUAGUUUUAUAAGGAGCGAGGAUAUUGGGUUUCAUCGUUGUCGUUUCAUACGCUUUAUAAAGUCUUUUGAAGAUCUCAAUUAUUAUCAUAAUAGUUAUAUAUUGCGUAAGUGGCAGGCCAGGCAUCCUUAGACAUGAACCUUUAUUUAUAAUAGCAUGAGCCUAGCGGCAAAAACAUUUGCACAAUGAAAAGACGUGUUCUACGCCAAAACCUAACCACCAAUUUUUAGUAGUUAUAUUGUGGGAAAUAUUUAAAUUGUGCAUAGUAACAUACUACGGCACAUGACCAUAGAAAUUAUUAUUUAAGGCUGGACUAUCAAUAGUUUUUUUUUAAUUUUGAAUAUUCUUAUUCAAGUUUACAUUUUAAACACUUUCAAUCGACAAAAUCGCCUCACAGUGUUAGGGUUGCAUAUUUAAGGGAAGUUGUAGUGCAAUAAAGGGAAAGUUAGCUGAAUGGUUUUUUUUAUUAAAUUUUUCUAAUUUUAUCAUGACAAAUAAUAUAAAUAAUAACAUAAAGGAUAGGGAGGAUUUUUUUUACAGAGCUUUUAAUUUUCAAUACACGAAUUUUAUUCGGUACGUAAAUUGGCCAGAUUGGAUUUGUGGACUGGGUACUUUUAGCAAAGAACAAACGACCACACAUGGCUCUUGCUCACCUGGAACAAUACUGGUAAUGAUACUCGGUAUAGCCCUUUCGUAGACCGUCAACGGCCCUGUAUUUUAUUUUAGGAGCCAUUUCAAAAAUAUAACGGUAAUGGAACAUUAUCUACAUCGACUCGAAAGCGUUUAGUAUAUGACGCAAGAGUCGUUCGAUAUGCAAGGCCUUUUGCUAAACACACAAUUUCCCUCCCCAAUCCUGCCAAGUUACGUACCACUUAUUAAUUUGUGGGUAAGACAUUAUUAUGAUAAAUAUUACGCCAGAACCAAAGCGAUUCUUUUGUCAUAUUGACACUCAUCUUGCUUUAAUUACCAUGUAAUCUGUGCUAGUAUUACUAUUUUCUUAUAAGUCAUGCAUUUAUCUUGUGUACGCUUAUUUUUUGUAUUCUUUUUUUAAAUAUACUAUU